AUGGAUGUCAUACCAGGUUUCGAAGAUCUCAAACGUAUUCGAAUUGCCAAACCAGAUGGACAAUGUACGAUUGCUAAUGGUGAGGAAGAAGAAGAACCAGUGAGUCCUAUGGCUCGUUUGUUUCAUGAACCUGGUUGCAACAUUUAUAUCAUUACUAAAAUUGGCUUGAAAACCCAAAUUCUUGAUAUUCAUGCUUUUAAAGCCAAUCUGGGGCUUACUCUGGCGAAACACCCUCGUUUCUCUAGUUUGCAGGUUGUGAGCAAAGAAAGUGGUGGAGAGAUUAAAUGGGUUCAAACAGAGGUGGACAUGGAUAACCACCUUAUAGUCCCCCACAUUGAUUACCCUGAUGAAAAGUUUGUCGAGGAUUACAUCUGCAACCUGAGUAAAUCUACCAUUGACAAGUCGAAACCUAUGUGGGACUUCCACAUCCUCAAUGUCAAAACAUCCGACGCCGAGGCGGUAGGUGUCCUCCGCGUCCACCACUCCCUCGGCGACGGUGCAUCUCUUAUGUCUCUUUUUCUUGCUUGCACUCGUAAAACAUCUGAUCCUGAAGCUUUUCCAAGUUGUACGAUCGUGACAAAAAAAUCGAAUUUGUCAAAAUCUUGGGGGCUUGGUUUUGUUCUGAUGAUGAUGAUGAUGGUAUGGAACACAAUCGUUGAUGUGGUGAUGUUUGUACUCACUGCAUUGUUUUUGAAGGACACGAAAACUCCUCUGAAAGGUCCGCCAGGUGUUGAGAACAAUCCUCGGCGCAUUGUUCAUCGAACAGUUAGUCUGGAUGAUGUGAAGUUGGUGAAAAGAGCCAUGAAUAUUACAAUUAACGAUGUAGUUCUUGGAGUAACAGAAGCUGGCAUUUCAAAGUAUCUCAACAGGAGAUAUGGUGAGGGAAAAAACCAGGGGGAAGCGGUGAAGAAAAAUAACCUUCCGAAGAACAUUCGUCUUAGAGCAACGUUUUUCAUGAAUUUAAGACCGUCUGCAGGGAUUUAUGAUCUAGUUAAUAUGAUGGAGAAGGGUACAAAGGCCAGAUGGGGUAACAAGAUCGGUUAUGUCAUCCUCCCCUUCACCAUUGCAUUCCGAGAGGAUCCAUUGGAGUAUGUAAGGGAAGCUAAUGCGAUUAUGAGUCAAAAGAAGACUUCACUUGAAGCUAUUUAUAGUCACUGGAUUGUUAAGUUAAUCCUCAAGUUGUUUGGCAUUAAGGCUGCAGGCAAGCUUUCCCACAAGGUUUUUUCUAACACAACACUGUGGUUCUCAAACGUACCUGGACCCCAAGAAGAAGUUGCGUUUUUCGGCCAUCCGGUAGCCUAUAUUGCUCCGACUUGUUAUGGACAGCCCAACGCACUGAUGAUUCAUGUGGUUAGUUAUGUGGACAAAUUGACGUUCGUUCUAUCAGCCGAUGAAGAAACUAUUCCAGACCCACAUCAGCUGUGUGAUGAUCUUGAAGAUUCACUCAAGCUCGUCAUGGCUGCCGUCAUAGCAAAACAAACCCACAAGGUUUCAAAUAGUAUUUCUGAUUUACUAAUGGGAAGUAAAUACUUGGUACGACAAUCUAGCUCUGCACAAGCUCCCCCAUCCGAGGUUGAGGCCGACCAAUCCAAUCCAGUUGUGGGCAUGGAACCUGAAGCUAGCAUCCAUAGUAAAGAAGGUAAUGCUAGAACAAACCAAUCUGGAGGAGCAAAGGUUGACAAAUCCAUCUCUCUCACGGUACCAACUGAAGUGGCUAAUGAACCACAAGAUCGUCGGUCAGAACAGAGUUGUUGCUGGUUUUGGCCUGGAGCCACAAUGGACACCUCCCCAUCUCCAAACCAUGUGAGAUCAUCCCUCAAUGCCCUAAUCUCUGAUGUCCUCUACAUUUCCACAUCUCUUGCACCCAAAUCUCAAGGAAGUAAAUACCUGGUACGACAAUCUAGCUCUGCACAAGCUCCCCCAUCCGAGGUUGAGGCCGACCAAUCCAAUCCAGUUGUGGGCAUGGAACCUGAAGCUAGCAUCCAUAGUAAAGAAGGUAAUGCUAGAACAAACCAAUCUGGAGGAGCAAAGGUUGACAAAUCCAUCUCUCUCACGGUACCAACUGAAGUGGCUAAUGAACCACAAGGGAAUGGAAUAUGGAAGCCUAAACAAUCCGCACAGAAUGUUACAAAUGAUAUAAACGAGAAAGGCAAAGCCAUAAUGACUGUAGUGGAAUUGGCUACCAAGGAAUAUUCUAAUGAUCCAAAAUGUAGCUACGAUGAUCAAGAUCAAGCUCAAAGUGAUUUGGCAGAGCAGACCAUUCAAGAGGAUAUUCAGAAAUUGAGGGAGGUCAACUUGUUGUGGAACUCAAUGCCCAGUCAGAAAACUUAG